GAAAAGAACUUGAUUGUGUUUCCCUCUGGUAACAUUGUCUCUGAACACUCUCAUAUUCAUAUCGACUUACGCCAUACUAUCUGCCAUCAUGAGAGUUCCUUACGUAUCCAACCCUCCUGAGACCAAGUCCGAGGAGCAUGCCGCCAUUGUAAAGCGCAUAGAAGAGCGCCGCGCCCCUCGGCCUCUCCAAUCUCUGGAUUUAGCACUUCUUCACUCCCCUCACGUUGCUGAUGGCUGGAACUCAUUCCUCGGCGCUGUUCGUACCAAGACCUCUCUAAGCGACGACAUUCGAGAGCUUGCAAUUUCACGUAUUGCUGUGUGCAACAAGGCCUGGUACGAAUGGAAGCACCAUGCGCCGCUAGCUGUCAAGGGUGGUGUGUCUGAGGCUGGACUUGAGGCUAUCAAGGGGGAGGAACUUGGUGAGCGGCCUGCUGAGCUAUCAGAGAAGCAAUGGGCUGUGCUUCUGUACACGGAUGAGAUGACGAGGAACGUUCAAGUCAAGGAUGAGACCUUUGAUCGUCUGCGGGAGUAUUUCAACGAACAAGAAAUUGUGGAAAUCACAGCCACGGUUGCAUGCUACAACUGUGUAAGCCGUUUCUUGGUGGCACUCGACGUCGGGGAGAGAAAUGGUACCGGCCCCGAAGCCAUCUCUGGUCAUUGAUAGACAGUUGUGUCCUGCCAAUUUCCAGGAGUAGCAGCAAAAUGAAAAGAAGAAACAUGUCUUGAUCAUGAAUAGUGACUCAUAACCCAAAAACAAACAGAGUGGUAG